ACGAACGACGAACGAGUGGGACAAUGUACACACCGCUAUGGCGCUAUUAUGGCGGUCCGAAAACUCGCUUUCUCUGCGUGGCGUCUUCCGUACUUUUCAGAACAAUGUCUGCUGCAACGAAUUGGUUUCGCAAAUGGAAAACGCUGCCAUGCACAGGUAGACAAAGACGACUACGUGCUACUACUGGGAAUCUGGAAUCCCUACGUCGUGACAUCGAAACGGACGUUCACCUCCGAGCGAUAGAGGAUUUGUUACAAAGUCUAGGAACCGAUGCGACGCGUGGCUUAUCCACGACUGUUGCAUGCGAUCUUUUGAACAGAACUGGUCCAAAUGAAUUGACACCUUCAAGAAAGAUCUCGAAGGCAUUGAGAUUCUUACAUUUAUGUUUUGGAGGAUUUUCUUUGUUGAUAUGGAUAGGCGUUGUGUUAUGUUUCUGCAAUUACGUCUUGGAGUAUGGCACUUACGGGGAAGCUUCCAAGGAACAUUUGGGACUUGGUAUCGUGCUCGUCAGCUUAAUUUUAGUGACAGCGAUGUUCAGCCAUUACCAGGAGUCGAAGAGUUCCCGAAUUAUUGAGUCGUUCCAGCAGAUGUUGCCGCAAAAGGCGAAGGUUCUGCGGGACGGCGAGAAAAAGGAAUUGCCGGUGGCUGAAUUAGUUGUUGGGGACAUUGUCCUCUUGGAAACCGGUGACCGAGUACCCGCUGACAUUAGGAUUCUGGAAUGUCAAGGUCUUAAGGUCGACAAUGCCUCCAUCACCGGAGAAUCUAUUCCACUUUCAAGAACAGGUAACGUUCGUCCGACGAGCAAUCUGAUGGAAGCAAAGAACAUGGUUUUCUUUUCAACCGACAUAGUGGAAGGCACCGGGAAAGGAGUCGUGGUUGCUCGCGGUGACCAUACGGUGAUGGGCAGAGUGGCUAAACUAACUUCUAAAUUGGCGCCAAGACCGACGCCGCUCUCGCGCGAACUUCAUCGAUUUAUGAAAUUAAUCUCAUGCUGGGCCGUAUUCCUCGGGAUACUGUUCUUUACCUUGUCCACUGCGAUAGGCUACAGUUGGAACAAUUCGAUAGCGUUUCUAAUAGGUAUAAUAGUUGCGAACGUGCCGGAAGGAUUGAUAGCUACUAUGACCCUCAGCCUCACGUUAACAGCGAAGAGAUUAGCAAACAAAAACUGCGCGGUGAAGCAUCUCGAGGCCAUCGAAACACUGGGAUGCACAGCUGUUAUUUGCAGUGACAAAACAGGAACGCUCACGCAAAAUAAAAUGACCGUCCGACACAUGUGGUACAACGGUGAAUUGCAAGAGGUAAUGGCUUCUGACACGUGGAGAAAAUAUACGAAGAAUCCUGGAUUUCAUAACUUAGCCAGGGUGGCCAGUCUUUGUAAUCGAGCUGAAUGGGAGCCUCUACCAAAGGACAUGCCUGUACCACCGUUAAGUAAAAGGAAAAUUUUAGGCGACGCUUCUGACGCUGCUUUAUUAAAAUGCAUGGAAGUUCUCGUGAAAGGAGGUGCGGAAGCAUAUAGAAGAACUUGUACAAAGGUGUUCGAAAUACCGUUUAAUUCGACGGAGAAGUUCCAAGCGAGCGUUUACCUGUGUGGCAAGAAGCACGUUGUUUUCUUAAAGGGUGCGCCGGAAAGAGUUUUAGAACGAUGUUCAACCGUAGCGUUCGACAACGAAACGAGGAAACUGGAUGAUGAAAUCAGGAAUGCUUAUACGGAGUCUUGUUACAUUCUAGCAAAUAAUGGUGAACGCGUGCUCGGUUUUGCGGACCUCGAUCUCCCCGUUUCUCCCUUUUCGCCGGGUUACGUCUUCAAGGAAGACCCACCAAAUUUUCCUCUUCAAAAUUUGAGACUGAUUGGGCUGAUAUCGAUGAUAGAUCCUCCGAGGCCAACGGUGCCCGACGCAGUGUACAAAUGUCGCUGCGCCGGAAUCAAGGUGAUCAUGGUGACUGGGGAUCACCCUGACACAGCGAGAGCAAUCGCAAAGUACGUCGGCAUCGUCACCGAUGAUUUUUUGCAUCACGAUCGCAACGAGAAGAAGCACUCGAUCGUAGUGACGGGAGUGGAGCUGCGAAACUUCGACUCGGAGGAACUCGACCGUAUCAUAAAGCAAUAUCCCGAGAUUGUUUUUGCUAGAACAUCUCCUGUGCAAAAGCUUCGGAUCGUAGAGAGCUGUCAACGACUUCAUUUAAUCACUGCGGUCACUGGUGACGGUGUCAAUGACUCACCGGCAUUGAAAAAGGCCGAUAUCGGGAUCGCUAUGGGGAUUGUCGGCUCGGACGUGAGCAAAGAGGUUGCAGAUUUAAUUCUGUUAAACGACGAUUUCGCAUCUAUAGUUACCGGGAUCGAAGAAGGCCGAAGAGUGUUCGACAACUUAAAAUCAAGCAUCGCGUAUACUCUGGCCAGUAACGUUCCAGAGAUAACACCAUUUUUGGCAUUCAUUGUAUUUGGCAUUCCUUUGCCUAUAGGCGUGAUCUGUAUACUGUGCAUAGAUCUUGGCACGGACAUGUGGCCAGCCAUUUCGCUGGCUUACGAGAAAUCUGAAUCAGACAUUAUGCUCAGGAAGCCGAGAAUUCCAUUGAAAGAUCAUCUCGUCAGCCAUCGGUUACUCUUCAUGGCUUACGGACAGAUCGGCAUAAUCGAAGCUUGUGCCGGUUUCUUCACGUAUUUCGUGCUGAUGGCGGAACACGGUUUUCUACCUUAUAAAUUGCUACAUUUACGAUCGUCGUGGGAUAGUAUCGUGGUAAACGACUUGCAAGAUUGUUACGGCCAGGAAUGGACGUACGAACAACGAAAGAUCCUCGAAUAUACCUGCCACACCGCUUUCUUUGUCAGUAUAGUCAUUGUUCAAGUUGCCGACCUGAUGGUUUGCAAAACCCGUCGCAUCUCGCUUUUCGAUCAAGGCAUGAACAACUGGGUACUUAAUUUCGGAAUAAUUUUCGAGAUAACGGUAGCCUGCAUCGUUUGUUAUGCUCCUUACAUGGACGAAGUUCUUAGAAUUUAUCCAUUGAUCUUCGAAUGGUGGUUACCUGGUGUACCAUAUGCCGUGAUUAUUCUCACUUACGACGAGCUCAGAAAGCUUUGGAUUAGAAGAAAUCCUGAGGGAUGGUGGGAUCGUGAAACCUGUUACUAAAUUCACAAAACGAAUAUAACGUGAUUCUGAUGGUAUGACAGAACAAUUUAAAAAAAAAGAAAAAAAAUGAAAUAAAAAUAGAAUUGAUAGAAGAGAGAGAGAGAGAGAGAGAAUACACGGAUGUGAAGGGCCAUUGAAAGUCUCAAGUGCCUGCUAAUGAAAUUUCAAUUUUAUCAAAUACUCUGUGUCUAAAAAUUCUUGGAACAUUGAU